AUGCUAGAUUAAUUGUCAUAAAUAACACUCAGUGAAUCUUCUACAUUUGAAACUCAAAGAUUGCCUCCUAGAUUAUAAACCACUGAGAAAAAGGGAAGUGGAAGAUUUACUUUUCUCAAAUCUGAGUCUGAAGACAAAUAAACAUAAGCUCAAAAUAAUCGAGACAGAAUAAAAUAGCAAUUAAGAGGUAUAUAUAUUUAUUACAUUACUAGGAAGGAUUCAAUUAAUAAUAAAGAAACCUUUAGAUGAUGAAAAGGAUUUACAGGAAGAACUACAGGAGUUAGGGCGUAAAUUGGAUGUAGAAAUCAAUGAAUUUGAUUCAGAAUACAUAUGCCCAAAUCUAAAAAAAUUUGAUGAGGAAUAUGAAAUGAUGGAAAUAUUGGGAGAAGGUUGUUUGGGAUUGGUUAAAAGGAUUGUACAUAAAUAAUCAUAAAUUGAGUAUGCAGUUAAGAUAGUUUAAACAUAAGAUGAUGAAAUAAUAAGAAAUGUAAGAGAACAUAAUAAAAGUAGAUGAUUCUUGAGUUUAAAUCAAUGUUUAAGUUGUAACAUGAAAAUAUUGUGAAAGUUCAUAAAUUAUAUGUUGAUUUCAAUAAUGGGUUUUAAUCUGAAAGUAAAGCAUAUGUGGUUAUGGAAUUGAUUAAAGGAAAGGAGAUGUUUGAGGUGAUAAAUGAAUUAGGACAUUACAGUGAGAGUGAUGCUAAGGAAUUAUUUCAGUAAUUAUUGAGUGCUAUUGAAUAUAUGCAUCGGAAUGGUAUUUGCCAUAGAGACUUAAAACCCAAUAAUAUUUUAUGUGUUGAAAGUAUUUAUAUUAUUUUAAUAGACAAAAAUUAGAUCAAAGUUACUGACUUUAAUGUAAGUAAAUUUAGUGAUGCUUAUAAAGAAUUUGGAGAUCUAAAAGAUAGAGAAAAAAUUGAAAUGUGGACAUAUACUGGAACAGUAGCAUUUUCAGCACCUGAAAUAUUUUCUGGAGAAGGUUAUAAGUAAAUUUAUUAUUUUAUUCUUUAGUUAAAUGGUUGAUAUGUGGAGUGCAGGUUGUAUUUUGUAUUCAAUGUUGUCUGGAUAAUUGCCUUUCCUAUCAGAUUAGUAACUUAUUUUUAAUAAAUUUUUUAGUUUGAAUGAUUUAAUUGAGAAAAUUAAAGAUGCAGCUAUAGAAUUUCCAAAUGAAUUAUUUGAGUAAGUCUCUAAAGAAGCCAAAGAUUUAAUUAUAUAAUUAUUAUAGAAAGAUUGGGCAUUUAGACCUCAUCCUGAUGCUGCCCUAAAGCAUUAAUGGUUUUAAAGUGUAGAUGAUGAUUAAGUCAGAAAGAAAUCAUUAAGAAAACUAGCAAUUAGAAAAAACAUGCCUCGAUUAUCUUCAAAAUAUUCUAAAAACAGUCAUAAAUAGAGAAAUAUCCUAUUAAGAUCUUCAUAAACUAUCACAAUUAAAAAUAAUCGUUCAGUUGAUUCAAAAUGUGAUGUUUAACAAACAGAUUUAACAAAUAGUUUUCUAAAAAUUCCAACAAAAAAAAGCAUUUUCUUUUCAACUAAUCUAGGUGAAACUUAAGGAAUAAAUUAAUGUUCAUCUCAUGAUUAAGAGUAGUCUCCAUCUUUUGCUGAAUAACCAAACUCAUCAAAAUUAAGUGAAGACAUAGGCGAAUUUGAUUAAUAUGCUUUUGAUCGAUUUAUUAAUUUUAACAAACCAUAUAAUGUUGAUGAUGAAGUCUAAGAAUGA